AUGUCAUCACUGAAGGUUAGCACACGCAUCCUCAUCAUCUCCGACACACACGGCGCCCAGCCCUACGUCAAGCCCUCAACAACAACAACGACAACCACCAUCAGCAACAUCACCACCAGCAACAGCAACAGCAGCAACCAGCCCGACACCGAAGACGAACUCACCUCCCCCACCGCCAACCUCCUCCACGCGCCCACCGGCUUCCGCGACCCCCUCCCCUCCGCCGACGUCGCCAUCCACUGCGGCGACCUCACGCGACGCAGCACCCCCGCCGAGUUCGCCGCCACCUUUGCCUUCCUCUCCGCCCUGCGCGCGCCCCUCAAGCUCGCCAUCGCGGGGAACCACGACCUCGCCCUCGACGCUGAGCACUGGUUCGAAGGCUAUGAAGACGACGAUGACGAAGGCGACGCUGCUGACCUGUACGGGGAGGGCCACCACGAGUGGGCCGCCGAGGCCCGGAGGAAGCGCCGCGAGGAGCGCCAAGCUGUGCUCGACAUUGUUGCCCGCGCGGAGGCCCAUGGCGUGAGAUACCUCACUGAGGGGACGCACAGCUUCGCGCUUGGCAAUGGUGCGCGCUUGUCUGUGUAUGCCAGUCCGUACACGCCCGUGUUCGGCGGCUGGGCGUUCCAAUACCCGCCCGGGGCGCACGACUUCCGCAUACCGUCAGGCGUGGACGUCGCCGUCACGCACGGCCCGCCGCUCGGCGUGCUGGACGGUGCCGGGAUGGCUCAGCUCCAGGGUUUACCGCCCGACCAUCCGGCGACCGACCGCGCGGGCUGCGAUGCCCUCUUCCAGGCUGUGCAUGCCGCGCGCCCGCAGCUGCACUGCUUUGGACACAUUCACGAGGCAUGGGGUGGCUACCUUGCCACCUGGCGCGACGACGACGGCCACAAUGACGGCCAAGCGCUGCCGGACACACACCAACACCAGCACCACCAUCAUCAUCAACAUCAACAUCACCACCACCGCCACCCAACCUGGCACUCCGCCAUCGACCCCUCCACCUCGCAGCUCCUCUACACCGCGCGGCACCUCAAGCCCCAAACACGCGCCGACCUCUCCACCGUGACCCCGGAGGCCGUCCGCCGUCUCGCCCGGCUGAGCAGACAGCGGUGCGUGCACGUCGACACCACCGGCGCGGACGGCGAGGCGACACGGCUGGAAAAGGGCCGGCAGACGCUCUUCGUCAACGCCUCCAUCAUGGACGUCCGCUACCGGCCCUCGCAGCUGCCGUGGUUGGUCGACCUAGAACUUCCGCGGGCUGAGGCGCAACCGUGA